GCAGGUCGAAGCAGCAGCAGCAGCAGCAGCGGUGUUGGUGCUGUUGGAGCCAGCUGGACGCGAAUUUACCCACAGACCCGUUUCCGUGUGGAUAAAGGUCUUCAAAGCACUGAGUGAAAUGUCUUUGCUGAAACUUUCCAUUUAGUGCUAGUGAUCCAGCAUGUAGCAGAGGUGAACAAGUCCCUUCACGCCUGGGAACAAUCCAACAACCCCUCUGUCCAGCUGCCACCUGCCACCAGAGAGGCAGCCAACCUCAGGCCCACAAAGCCGACUCCGGCAGAUGUCUCAGAGUGGACACUGGGGUGGAGGGGGCAAGGGGGCAGCGCAGGCAGAGUGACACCAAAGACAGAAGGCGAAAGAGCCAAAAAAAACAGAGGAAAAAGCCAUUGGCCCUGGCCAUUAUGUUUGGGCUGACAUAGAGAAACUGUGUGUGUGUGUGUGUGUGUGUGUGUGUGUGUGCAAGCAUACAAACAUGCUGACUGCAUGUGUGCUAUUAUAACAGUAGCUUCUGUUAUUAUUUGCAAGCACUUCUGGUAAACCAGACACAUUUAAACAUGUACAGGGCAGCAAUAGAGACCAACAAUUAUUUUCUUUGUUGACCUGUUAAAAAGAUUGGUCAGUAGUUUGGUCAAAAAGAAUAUUCCCAACCACAAUUACCCAGAGCCCAAUGUGACAUCUUUAAUUAAUUUAAUUUAUUGUUUGUUUUGUCCGAUCAGCAGUCCAGAACCUUAAGGUGUUCCAUUUAAAGAAAUGUUUGAGAAUCUCAAGUUUUAGCAUUUUUCUUGAAAAUUUUACAUUGAUAAAUAGAGUGAUUAAUGACCAAUUCUUCCAGGUCUGCACACUUAAGAUACAUACAAUUAUACAUUGAAUACAUCGUUGUCGACAUAGCUGAUGCACACUUACUAUAUAAUAGAAGUUUGAUGUUUAUUACAGACCACAAGAAGUGUCAUUGGUAAGCUUGGGCUAAUGCAUUGCAUUUUGUGAUCUAUCAAAGCCAUUAUCAUUGUAAAAUCUGUCCUCGCUGUGCCUGCCACUCUCUUAAAAGGCAUAAAACACAAUUAACUCAGGUUUAAAUGUACGGCUCAGCCUGCUAAUGCAAAACACAUUAAUCUAGUGCUGCGCUGGAGCUACGACAAUUAGUUAAACCUGAUACUGAACUAAAGGCUGGAGGCAUCUACAGCUUGAUGCAUAAAGCAUAAUGCUCUCAGCAUAUAUGGCUGAAGGACUUCUAAUAGACAAGCCUUACUAAACUGAUUGUUUAACAGUAAUCAAACUAUUUUUUAUCAUACACUGAUUAAUGUCUAAAUUUAACUAAAAAGCCAAUUGACCUACACCGACCUAACCCUCAGAAUGAUGCAGCUGUGUUUAUUUGAAAACAUGAAUGCAUUUGUGUGAGACACCUGUUGCUGGUCGGCUGUUUUGCUAGUUUUACGUAAGAAACUAAUCAAUGAAUUGAUGAAAUAAACCUUGUGAUGGCUAUGCAUCUUUGUUCAGCAUCCAGCUCAUUUCUCGUUGCUUCCACAGAUAAUGGGGAAUUCAUACGCCGGGCAGCUGAAGUCUGCUCAAUUUGAAGAGGCUCUCCAUAACUCUAUAGAGGCAUCACUGCGCUCUAGCAGUGGAGAUCCACAGCCCAUCUUCACACAGCUCUACCUUGAGCCAGAGCCUUAUCCUGGUAACAUGGAAGACAUAAAAACAAAAGCUGACCUCCAUGGUGGGGAGCCGCCAGGCCACGAGCUUAUGAAUGGCCACUCUUCCAACGAUCUGGAGGAGCUGGAGGAUGAUGAUGACUCAGACAGCAGCAGCCCUCCACUUCCCUACCUACAAGCCCCUGCACCCGACGGCUGCUGCACACUGGACGGAUUCUGUCAGGCCGGCAAGGACCUCCGAGUGGUCUCCCUAGCAACAGAGUCCCUCGAAGUCCCAGCAGGCUUCGAGCUGGUCGGCGCCAAGUCCCCUGGCGCCCCUGAGCACAUCCUUGUUUGUGCCGUGGACCGCCGCUUUUUGCCUGACGAGAAUGGGAAAAAUGCACUUUUAGGUUUUUCAGGAAACUGUGUGGGCUGUGGGGAAAAGGGUUUCAGAUACUUCACUGAGUUUUCGAACCACAUCAACCUGAAGUUAUCCACCCAGCCCAAAAAGCAGAAGCACUUAAAAUACUACCUGGUGAAGAAUUCUCAGGGUGCUCUGUGCAAAGGACCCCUCAUCUGCUGGAAAGACUGUAAAACCCGUCAGUUCUCCAACAGUGCAUCAACGUCCAAACCCAGCUCAGCCUCCUCUCUCAGCAGUAAAGAAAACGGAGGCACCAGUGGACACAGCUCCUCUCCCUUUUCCCUCUCCGAUUCUCCACCCACCAGAACGACGCAAGCAACCUCUCUCUUUUUUGGGAGUCAGGACCUCGGCAGAGACUGCAGUUUCCUCAAGCCUCUGGCAUCCACACCUGGAAACAAGACUCUACCAAUAGUACCCACAGCUCUGAGGGUGAACGGGCAGACUAAUGGUCUGGGUGCUGAUGGACGUCCUCCUUUACUGAGCCCCUCCCAGGUCUCUUUAGGACCUCAAGGUCAGGGGUAUCGCACUGCUGACUUAGGAGACAGUCCAGUAUCCUCUGUCAUGAACUCGGGUCCUCCAAAGAAGCGCCACCGGAGCUGGCAUCCCAACGCGUUGGUACCCGUCCCGCCGACAGCCAUCCCUGUGCCAGCCAUCCGGCCAAUAGUUUCUUCUCCAGGUUCUCUGUUAGGAGUGCCCUCUCCUCAGCCACCAGUAGCAGGAGUGAUUCAGCCCCAACCUGUCACAGCUGGAGAGACGGUCAUUGUCCCAGACAACCUGCUCAACUGUUCAGGAGUCCGCCCUGUCAUACUCAUCGGGCAUGGCACCUUGCCUUAUUUCUACGGGAAUGUUGGGGAUAUAGUGGUGAGUCCCCUCCUGGUCAGCUGCUAUAAGAGCAGCCAGCUGACAGAGGAACACCUGGAAACUUUGGGCCUCAACAGCAGCCAGCUUCUCUGCGUGGAGGCAAUGAUUCUGCUCACUUUACAGUAUCUUGCACGUUUAGGCUCGGAGCAGAUUCCUAUGAGGGAGGAGCUGGAGCAGAUUGUUUUGAAGGCCAUGCUGUGCUGUCCCGGGGUUCCUGCCAUCUCCCCGUCCCAGCUGCCCUGGCUGGCUCGGCUGGAAGCCAGUGUCUCUGGGGGAAGCGUCCAAGUCAUGGUUACCCAUAACUCUUUGGGAGAGGGCAUCUCUGAGUCACUUCGUUCUCUCACUGAGGGUCCUCCCCACCAGCAGUGCCUGCCCACCUACGUAGUUAUUAUAUGUGCCUCGAAAAUGAGCGGCAACGAGUUCUGUGUGCUUGUUUUGGGAAAGUACCAAGCCCGGGCCUUAGCUGAGGGCAUGCUUACAACCAAUGAGUUUCUGAAGGAAAUCAGUUAUGAACUCAUCACAGGCAAAGUCAGCAUUUUGGCUUCUCACUUUAAAACCACGUCACUGGGGGACAAUCUGGACAAGCAGCUGGUGCGAUACCAGCGCAGACGGAAGGGACAGGUCAUCCAGCCCUUUCAGGGCGAUGUCAUUGACUAUAUCCACUCCCAGGAGGCUGCCAGCAUGUCACCACCCUCAGACAGAGCAGAGCUGAUCAACAAGGUCUUUCAGAUCCAUCCAACCCAGCUGAGUGUGGCUCGGAGCCUACUCUCUCAAGUUUGCUCUAUUGCUGACUCAGGAACCCAGAACCUCGACUUAGGGCGUUUUUGUAAAGUGGACUUUCUUGUUCUGGUCCCUCCAUCUCACAUUCUGGUACACCAGACGGCACAGCGCAUCCGACAAUCAGGAGUGCUCGUUGACCUGGGAAUCGAGGACGCCCCCUCAGCCCACCAGAAAUCGGACAAGUACGUGGUGCGCCUGGACGGUGACGUUCACACCAAGAUGGAAGCCUUCAUGAGGAAAGUCAAACAGAACCCCUACACCCUGUUUGUCCUCAUUCACGACAACUCGCAUGUUGACCUCACAAGUGCUCUGUCAGGCUCUGUGUGCCACGGGGAGCUGCAGGGUUUGGCUGACCGCGUGGUGAACUGCCAGGAAGUCUUAGAUGCCAUGAACCUCCUGGUCCUACAGGUCAGUUGCUUCCCGUACACACUGCAGACCCGCCAGUCCCGCAUCAGCAUCCACAACGAAGUUCACUGGCCCUCUAACGAAAGUCUGCAGGGGGAGCAAUCUCCUCAUGAGUUGGUCUACUUUGGUCUGAGGGACUACAGCAGCUCUCUGCAGUGGGGCGUGGCCAGCCCCAUUCUGCGCUGUGAUGAUGCAUUUGAGAAGAUGGUCCACACACUGCUGGAGAGACAUCCACACCUUCACAGCAUGGUGAUCCGCAGUUACCUGCUGAUUCAGCAGUACACUGAGGCCAUGAUGGCCCUGACCUCUUCCCCGUCCCUGAGAGACCACAUAACCCCAGAGACCCUGGCCAUGGUGGAGGACCUUAUCAAUGCCCCAAGCAGAGAAGGCUCCCAGGGCCGGGGACACAUGCUUCUAGUUCGAGUCCCCUCACUACAGCUGGCAAUGCUGGCCCGGGAGAGACUAGAGGACGUGAGGGACAAAUUGGGGCUCCAGUUGUGCUUCGCUGUGCUGCUGGCAAGCCCCGCCUCCGAACUCAACCUGCACAGAAACUUCAGCAGCCGGCUCAGGGCGUGGAGAGGCUGUGAGAAUGAAGACUGGGUGCCGCACACUUAUGAGGAUUUGGAGGGGCUUCCCUGCAUUGUCAUCCUUACAGGGAAGGACCCUCUUGGAGAAACCUUUCCUAGGUCUCUGAAAUACAGUGACCUGCGUCUGAUAGACUCCAGCUACCUGACUCGUACAGCCCUGGAACAGGAGGUGGGUCUGGCCUGCACAUAUGUGUCCGUGGAUGUGGUCCACGAGCCCAAGAAGACCAUGGCCCCACGGGAAUCAGACGGAGAGAAGGCCGCCACCAUCUUGAAUGAUGGAGAUGAGCUGGAAAGACCUCAGAGCAACGGCAGUGCUGCAACUAGAGCCUCUGGCUCUUUGGCAGAAAACGGUGUCAGUUCAUCUGACGUCGCAGACUCAUUACAGAAGCCCUCCACCUCCACGUGCCCACCUGAAGGUCCAGUCACCUCAGACGUGGGCACGGUGCCACAAGUGUUCAAGCAGGAGUGCGACUCCCUGGGAAGCCAGUUCUCCUCCAACCCCUCCAAACCUUCCAAGGCCUCUCCCUCCCUUUACUCCAGUUCCUCCUCUUCCUCCCUCUCCCCAUCUUCUUCCUCCACCCAGAGGCCCAGCCAGUCCACACAGUUCGGUCGAGACUCUAAGCCCGCUCGGGUGUCACCGCGGACAGUCAUCAUGUCACGGGCGGCGUACAACCUGCUGGCGGUGGAGUCUGGGAGUCAGCUGAGCUCCUUCUCCCUGCUGCCUCAUGCAGAUGUUGCCUGGAGCAGCCCGCUGAGGCCCCUUAUCAGUCCCAACCUGCAGGGGGCAGAGCAGAGCAUGCACUACCGCCAGUGGACCAUCGCCAGGCAGCAUCAUGCUGAUUAUGAAUCUCCACCUGUGACACACCCACGACGCUUGCUACUCAGUGGACCCCCACAGGUGGGAAAAACUGGUGCCUAUCUGCAGUUUCUUCGUAUCCUGUUUCGAAUGCUCAUCAGACUGUUGGAGGUAGAUGUGUAUGAUGACGAUGAAGAGGAGGAGGAAGAAGAAACAUCAGAGGUUAUAACUCCAGUAAAUACCCAGUGGCCUGACAUUGAGGAUGUUCGAAAACUGCCCUUUGACACCUACCCCCGGGACCCUAAGUUCAGGAGGGUCAGCCCUGUUUAUUCUGACAGGAUGCCAAAGUGCUUAAAAGAUGUGAAGCAAAAAGGAGACAGCCAAACACCAGCCGAACGAGUGACCAAGUCCAUACGUCUGAGCAGGUUUGCCGCCCACAAUGCCUUUCAUCACUGUGAACAGUGUCACCACUACUGUGAAGCAGGCCCUGCCACACAGCUGUCGGAGUGCACCUUCCACGCUUUCAGCUUCUGCUCGUCCAUGCUGGGGGAGGAGGUCCAGCUCCAGUUUGUCAUUCCUAAAACCAAGGAGCAGCACUUUGUUUUCAGUCAGCAGGGCAGCCACUUGGAGAGCAUGCGCCUGCCUCUGGUCUCCACCAAGGGCCCUGAUCUGAUAAAGAGUCCAAUCUUCACCCCGACUACAGGACGCCAAGAGCACGGCCUGCUCAACAUUUUCCACGCCAUGGAGGGCGUCCCUCAUCUGCACAUUCUGGUGGUCAAGCAAUUUGAGAUGCCCCACUACAGGAAGUACUGGCCCAACCACAUCCUGCUCGUCCUGCCGGCGAUGUUUAACAACGCGGGAGUUGGUGCAGCCCGCUUCAUGAUCAAAGAGCUGUCAUACCAUAACCUGGAACUGGAGAGAAACCGACUGGAGGAGCAAGGUGUUAAGAGGCAAGAUGUAUGGCCUUUCAUUGUCAUGAUGGAUGACUCCUGCGUGCUGUGGAACAUCCACCAGCCAGCAGACAGCAGUGAGACAUCAGAUGGAAGCUUAACCAAUGUGUCUCUGAAGACGGUGCUGCAGCAUAUGGAAACCACUCCGAAAAUCUCCCUGUACUCAAUGUGCGGUACACGCAAGUGGAGCAGCAAACUGGCUCGCAAGUCUCCCAGCCGCCCCUUCAGUCGGUGUCACCUCCACGACUUUGUCAUGCUUAACGUGGACCUGACACAGAAUGUUCAAUAUGACCUUUAUCGGUAUAGCUGUGAGGAGGUGGACUUUAAUCUAAGGGUGAACAGCAGUGGGCUGCUGCUGUGUCGCUUCAACUACUUCAGCUUCAUGAAGAAACAUAUUCCAGUUGGGGGAAACAAAGACUUCCUGGUCAAACCUAAACUCAUGGAAAUAGAAAACCCCGCCCCAAUCAGCCCGUCACAGUAUGUUUGCGCCCCAGACAGUGAGCAGACGCUCCUGGAUGCCCCGGCCCAGUUCUUGCUCGAAAAGUUCCUGCAAAGCUGCAGCCACAGACUGUUUCCCAAGGCUGUUCAGAACAGAAACAACCCAGUUCUGUUCAUCGACAGCUACCUCAACAUCAGCCCGGAGAUUUCUGUGUGCUACAUCAACUCUCGUCCACACUCCACCAACCUGAACCAUCAGGGCUUGCUGUUCAGUGGCCUGCUGCUUUACCUCUGUGACUCCUUCGUCGUCUCUGGGUUCCUCAAGAAAUUCCACUUCCUCAAAGGUGCCACUCUCUGUGUGAUCUGCCAGGACCGAAGUUCCCUGCGUCAGACCAUCGUCCGCCUGGAGCUGGAGGAUGAGUGGCAGUUCCGUCUGCGGGAUGAGUUUCAGACAGCCAACUGCAGUGAGGACCGGCCCCUCUACUUUUUGACAGGCCGCCAUGUUUGAACAUGAAACAUCCUGGGUCUAAUGCGCCACUGCAUUAACACAAUCAGAAAUGAGGAGAGAUUUGAUUCCAAACCAGCCAGCAAUCACAAUUUCUUGCAAUUCCAAUGGAAGGUCAGAAGGGAUAUGCGGGAGCACAAGAUCUGAAGUGCCCCACAAGUGGAUACCUAAUAUGGCUUUCCCUACAUCUGUACUACCACUAUGCCUGGCUCUGAAGAGGGUCAGCGCAUGUUUUAACUCUUGCUUAUAGCUGGGAUUGUCUCCACUUGAGCUUGCGUUCUACUGAAAAAUACUUUUAAUGUGGAAAAAAAGCACAGCUGAAACUGAACUGUAUUUGUUUUGUUGUUGUAUUGAAAUAGACACUCUCCGAUCAACGAUGUGACUAUUUGAAGAUUGUAUGUGUACAUGGACGUUGACUACAGUAUGUCCCAUUCUGUACAUACGUGUUUUUCUCAGGGUUUUAAAGGGAGAUCGAAGGGAGCCCGCUUAAAGGGGUAAAGCUUUCCUCCAAAUUCACCAUGGAUUUUUGGCAUUAAUUUAUGUUGGCACCAAAGACAUCCUUAUCUGCCCCUUGCCUUUUUCCCUUCACUUUUCCUUCUUGCCUGCUCGGCCUCUCGAACUCCACAACGCUCAUUGGCUACAAAAAGUCAGCUCACUACAUUUCUAUAAUGAAGAGUAUCAAAUUCUACUGUGACGCAAUUGGGUUUCAAACAAAAAGCAACUAAUUGAGCAAGCACAUUGAAACUGCAAGUGGAGAAUCCUUUUCUCUUCUGCCUCUAAAUAUUUAUGUGUCAUUGAUAAUCCCUCUGACGAGGAGCUGUGUGAGUGUGGUUUUAAUUUCCAUAUGAAUUACGCAUUCAUUUAUCCAAAGACUUAAAUCACAACUAAAGAAGUGCACGUUGUGUUCUUUCAAGAAUGUAGGAUUCUAUUAUGGCUUGAAUAUACAACUAUGAAGCAACAUAUCUGAAUUUCCACAGGGUUUUACUUUCACAACUCAUCUGUUAAUGUGUAAUGCCAAUCAGACGGAGCAGCAUAGAAGUAAGACUAGUUUACUAGGUUGUUCUAAAUCACAUAUGUUUUGUAUUUAGGCAUUUACUGACUUAAAUGCUGGGUAUUUUAAGCAUAAUCACAUUACGUCAGUAAAUGUGAUAUAAUAAGCAAGCCUCUUCACUGCCAAAUAUCCUGCAACUGAUUGUGCCUGGGAUUUUCACUUCCUGCUGUAAUGUUCGGAGGCUGAUUGUACAUUGAUGGUCUCGGCUACCAUCCACACAUCAAACUCACAAUCUGUCAUCUUUUGCCCCCAAAACAAAGAGUAUUCAAAGAACAGGUUCCACACUGUCCAAAGCAGCUCACCAGAUCAUUUCAUAUACUUGAAAGUUGAAUGUUUUUUAUAUGUUUCUGCACAGGGUUGUCCAAAUAAUAUGCCUUAAUUGACGUUUCAUACAGUCACUGCUCAAGUCCCUCAUUUUUCAGACCAAUGAGAAUGAAGAAAUCAUUUAACUGUGAGACGAAGAAGUGUUGUUAGUCUGAGUAAAGCAAGAUUAAAUAAUUGGAUUUUGGACUACUGUACUGUUUAAAGCUUUGUUUACAUUAUUAAUAUAUUAUAUCACCCCCUUAACCACUGAGGGUUCCUGAUGUUUUUUAGUCUUGUGUACCUUUUUCCAGUAUAUUUUGGUCAUAAUGUCUUUCCGCAUUUUAUAUUAUGUUGCAAAGACAAGAAGAAUCUACCUAGAUGUGUCCUUAACCAUAAUGUCUGUAUCCCUUCCUGUUAUUGUGUUGGAUUUUUAUUGAAAAUGAAAAUCAGGUCCAUGAGGUAUUCUUAUUUAUUUGAAAAGCAUUUUGGACUGAUAAUCAUAUUGAAAUGUAAUAUUUGCUUGCAUGCUAAGCUCGCUUAAACUAAGGGAGUGUGUCCUCCUCAAAACCAUCCACGAAGGCUUUGCACAAGACCCAAACGAAUGAUUCUUAGAUCUACUGAAUGUCAUUGGGGUAGGAAAUGUGAACUUGCACUAUACAAGUUGCCAGCAGAAAAAAAAUAUUUCCCACUAUUAAAUGAACCCAAAAAUGUGUCCAAAUAUAAGACUGGUGAUCAGAACUUUAACUUAAACUCCAAUGGUCCAUAGAAUGUGUAUUUCUUUUUAAUAAUUUAACACUUAAUAUGCAACUUGCUCUCACAAUCUUCACUGAAUGUGUUUGAUAAUUAUGUGCAGCCCAAUGGUAGCUUUGGUGUCUGGGUGAUCUACCUCUUGUUUACCAUUGUGGUUGUGGGCUGUGACCGUAUGACAUAGAGCCAUGCUAUUGUUGUUGAAAAUUUUUGAAUGUAAUAAAAUGACUUCUAAAAUCA